AUGGCUGACAGAUACUCCUUUUCGCUGACCACUUUUUCGCCAAGCGGCAAAUUGGGUCAAAUAGACUACGCUUUCACAGCCGUAAAGCAAGGUGUCACUUCUUUAGGAAUAAGGGCCACUAAUGGUGUGAUUAUCGCCACUGAAAAAAAGGCAGCAUCCUCCCUGGCAUUGUCAGAUUCCUUGUCAAAGAUAGCACAGAUUACCCCAGACAUUGGUGCAGCUUACUCCGGAAUGGGCCCAGAUUUUAGGGUGCUCAUCGACAAGUCACGGAAGGUGGCACACACUAACUACCACCGUAUCUACAACGAAUACCCUCCAACCAAGAUUCUGGUGUCAGAGGUAGCAAAAAUUAUGCAGGAAGCCACUCAGUCUGGUGGUGUUAGACCGUUUGGCGUAUCACUUCUGGUCGCAGGUCAUGAUGAACACAAUGGAUACACACUCUAUCAGGUAGAUCCCUCGGGCUCUUAUUUCCCUUGGAAAGCCACAGCCAUUGGUAAAGGCUCCACUGCAGCCAAGACGUUUUUGGAGAAAAGAUGGAAUGACGAACUCGAGCUGGAAGACGCAAUUCAUAUAGCGCUUCUAACACUCAAGGAAUCAGUAGAGGGAGAGUUCAAUGGUGAUUCGAUCGAAAUUGCAGUCGUUGGCGAAGAGAACCAACAAUUGCUUGGUUUCACAGGAGAUGACUCGGUAAAAGGUCCUCGGUUCCGCAAGCUGUCAGCGCAGGAAAUCAAUGAUAGGUUAGAAGCUCUAUAG